CACAAAAAUUAUGUUUGUAUAUAGAGACCGGGCAAGUUUAUAAUAUUGUAGGCAUGCAAAAAUACGAUCAACAUCGUCAUACGUAGAUGAUAAAACAUUCUACGGCCAUAAACUUAUACUUGCUCUCAAAAACGAAUUCUUUUACACGCUAUUUUAUGGGAGCAUUCCUUACGAAGAAAAAUGCUUCAAUAUCUUAGAUAUUAGCGCUGAAACCUUUUCCAAAAUCUUAAAUUACAUAUACCUGGAUAAUGUUUCGCUCGAAAAUGUCGAAGCCGCCAUUUUCGUGGAACUCUUAUACGGGGCUAAGAAAUUUUUGAUGAAAGAAUUGGUCAAAAAAUGCGUGGACAAAAUUAAUUCUCCAUAUGGGAAGGAUAUUAAAAAUAAUUUCCCUCUAGUCAUGCUUUUGUCAACUCCGUUACACUCAGAAAUUAAUAAAAAAAACUGUCUCGAGGGCAUGCAAUUCAUUACCAGGUCGGCUCUCGCUUCCGAAAUGUUUAUGAAUGCCCCGUUUGAAUUAAUUAACGAUUUCAUAAGUUACAUAAACGCGAAUAAUUUGGAGCCCAAGGCGUUGAUUUUCGAAUUUCUUCUAAAAUGGGGGAAAAAAGAAUGCGAAAAAGAAGGAAUUUUAGCCACCAAUGAGAAUAUUAUGAGCGUAAUUAAGAAGAAUAAAUUCGAGCCAAUGUCCUACUUGGAAAAUUUUACCGUGACAGACAUCAUCAAUAUUAUUAGGAAGCGGAAUAUAUUGUGUGAAUCUCAGAUAACCGAUUUAGUAUUGAAAAGAUUAGGAGCGUGCGAUUUGAUAUGAUAAUAUAUCGCGCCAAACCCCUAAUUUUUUUUAUAGCAUAACAACUUCACCGGGUUCUAAUACUACCCUACAAGCUCAUGAACUGUGUCCACAAUUGUUUAUCGUUGGAUUCAUGCUACCAUGUAAAGACAACGGAUUCACCAUGAUUAAAAUUAAAGAAAAUGAUAAUUGCAUCCUAGCAUAUAAAGUGUCUCAUAUGAGCAAAACUCAAAUUUGGGUGCCUGAUAUUGCGUUUUACCCAUCUUAUACGUGCGAUAUUGCUGUAAAUGAUAUAUCACAAGUUUCCCUUCAAUGGUCUGAAAGUAAAAUUACAGUAAAAGCGUCGACAAU